AUAACCUGUGAAUUCAUGCUAUAAAUACUAAUGUUACCCUCAAGUGCUCAACAGAGUCAAGAAUACAGAAACAAAUUACAGGGAAAUUAAAGGAGAUCGGAGCAAUGGGGAGUGAAUCAGAUAACGGUGCAAGAUUAAGGAUAAUGGAGCUAGCCAACAUGAUUAGCGUACCCAUGUCCUUGUGUGCCGUCAUUCGACUGAACGUCGCCGAUGCCAUUUGGCAAGGUGGAUCCAACGCGCCGCUCUCCGCCUCCGAGAUACUAUCCUCCGUCCUCCCUUCCGGCGGCGGGGACGCCCCGAACCUCGAGCGCCUCCUCCGCAUGCUCACCAGCUACGGCAUCUUCCGCGAACAUAUAAAUGCUGAUGCGUCAGAGAGAAGGUAUUCGGUGGAUGAGGUGGGCAAAACUCUAGUGACUGACAAGGACGGGUUAUCAUACGGAGCGUAUGUGCUGCAGCACCACCAGGCUGCGAUGAUGAAGGCGUGGCCGCUGGUGCACGAGGCGGUGGUGGAUUCCUCGAUAGAGCCGUUUGUGAAAGUCAACGGCGAGGCGCCGUACAGUUACUAUGGGAAGAAUCCGGAGAUGAACAGUCUAAUGCAGAAGGCCAUGUCCGGAAUUUCUGUUCCGUUCAUGAAGGCGUUCUUGGACAGCUACCAAGGGUUCAAAGGUGUAACGCGAUUGGUGGAUGUGGGAGGGAGCGCCGGAGAUUGCCUCAGAAUGAUCGUGGAGAAGCAUCCUAGUAUUACACAAGCAAUUAACUUCGAUUUUCCUGAGGUUGUUCAGUUGGCUCCCAACAUUCCUGGUGUAACCCACGUUGGUGGUGACGUGUUCACAUCCGCCAUACCUAAUUGUGAUGCCAUUUUCAUGAAGUCGGUGUUAACGGCAUGGUCGGAUGAAGAGUGCAAGGCGAUCAUGAACAACUGCUAUGCUGCACUUUCACAGGGAGGAAAGUUGAUUGUUUGCGAGCCAGUUUUGCCCAUCCAAACUGACGACACUCAAAGAACACGAUUUCUCCUUGGAUCAGACAUCUUUAUCAUGAAUAUGUAUAGGGCCAAGAGAAAACACUGGACCGAGGAAGCGUACCGGCAGCUUGGCCUGUCGGUCGGGUUUCGCACUUUCAAGGCGUACUACAUGGAUUUCUUCCUUGCCGUCUUAGAAUUUCACAAGUAACCGAGCCAAGAUAUUAUCUCUAUUUAUCUUGUAGUUUGUGGCUCUAAUGCGUUUGCUAAGAUAAUAUCUCUAUCUUGUGGCUCUAAUGCGUUAAAUAAGAUAUUAUCUCUAUCUAUCUUGUAAUUUGUGGCUCUAAUGCGUUUGCUAAGAGCCUAAGAUAUUAUCUCUAUAUUGUACUUUGUGGCUCUAAUGCGUUUGCUAAGAUAUUAUCUCUGUCUAUAUUGUAAUUUGUGGCCCUAAUGUGUUUGUUAAGAUAUUAUUAUCUCUAUCUUGUA